AUGUCUGGGGGGAGCUUAUCUCCCAUUGCAGCCUUUCCGGUGACCGGCUAUGGGCAGCCUCGAUUCAGCUUAUCCCAGCCGCAAACUGCCCCAAAGCGCCUCAAGCACCUGGUUCCAGUCUGCCCGUACGUCUGUCUCGGCCGAGUCACUUGCAGAAGCGGGCUGCCCCUGCGGGUCAGAGUGCAACCAAGAUGCCGAACAUCUUGGAAGUCGAUGUCACGGCUGUUGGCCGUUGUUCUUCCUUUCUCCACGCUGCUUUUUGGUCGGUACGCUUGGGCACGCGGUCUUUCGAGAGCAGGGGGGACAAAGGCUGGCAUCGUGGCUGCGAAAUUGAGCACGACUCAGCUGCUGUUGGCUUCUGGAAUAGUCGGCGCCACCGGGAGCUUGACUCUCUGGCUGCGCGGUUUGAGCGAUCUUGCCGAAGCUAUGCUGUGGAGCUGCCUUCGCUGUGCUCUGCAGCUCUACCUGCUCGGGGGGCUGAUCUUGAACUGGCUCUUCGGCACGCGCCACCCGGGCAUCGUCCUCGCCUGGGUGCUGGGCGUGGGCCUGCUGGCGGCGCAGCAGGCCCUGUCGCGGCUGGAGUACACCUACGAUGGCCUCUCGCGGCACCUUCUCGUCUCCAUCCUCUCCGGCGUGCUCUCCGUGCAGGGCGUCGCCAUGGUUUUGGGCCUCUUUGGGCGGCCAAACCCCUGGUGGCAGCCCCACACCGUCGUGCCCGUCUCCGGGAUGCUCUUUGGCAACGCGACCUCCGCGGCCGCGCUGGCGGUGACGGGGCUGCUGCGGGGCUUUGCUGAGCAGAGAUCAGCACUGGAGCUGCGGCUGGCCCGCGGCGCGACGGCCACGGAGGCCCUGAAGCCACUUAUCCGGAGUAGCCUCUCGGAUGCUCUGACGCCCACCAUCAACACGCUGGCGGUCACGGGCGUGGUGCACCUGCCUGGGAUGAUGACUGGGCAGAUCCUGGCAGGUCAGAGCCCGCAGCAGGCGGCAGCGUACCAGACCCUGAUCCUCUUCCUCAUCGCUUCAACGACCUGCAUCGUGGUGCAGCUGGUCACGGCCCUGGUGUCUGGCAGCCUCAUGGACUUCAAGAACGCGCGGCUCCUCCAGAAGUUGCGGCCGAGGGCGAAGCCAAAGAACGAAGCUUCGCGCAAGGACAAACUCAUCCAAUCUGGGACUAGCGCCCUGGCAAUGAAGAUCUUCGCCGACUGGUUCCACAUGCCCAGCGAGGCUUCGGAGCAGUCCCACAGCUUCCAGACGCCUUCGAUCAAGACGGUUGAGGGCCGGAAGGCUCAGCUGACGCAAGAGGGCGCCGCUCAAGCAGAAGCCGUGCUGUCAGUUGAAGGGCUGCGAGUGCCGCGAGCACGCCAGGAGAUUUCUUUUGUGCUGCACUCGGGUGAGCGGGUGG